GUCGAGCCAAUAAACAUUAAGAACAGGAACUACGGUUCACUUCCGGGGUCCCUAUACAUGUUCCGCUGCGAUCUGUGCAGGCAGUUCCGUGCGUAGAAGGUUCCGCUGCUUGUGUAGUAGCGAGGACCUUCAUAUCUAACUCUGACUCAGUUCAGAGGAAAUGUACAAGAAUUCUACAUAUUGUUACUCUUACAGGGGAAUGUCUCUCAUACUGAGGAAUGCACAGCAUGCUGUUCCUCUUUACAGAGCCCAUUUGCGCUUCAGUCUGGACAUUGCAAGGAGCUGCCUGAAAGUAAAGAAUUUUGACCUUGGAAUAAUCUGUGUUAAUAACGCCAGGAUCCAACACAUCAACAGAGUGUAUCGAGGGCAGGACUCUGUCACAGAUGUGCUAUCAUUCCCAUUUCAUGAGGAUCUGAAUCCCAGUUUGUUGCCUAUCCCUGCCACUCCAGAUGAAUACAAUUUGGGAGACAUUUACCUUGGAGUUGCAUUUAUUUACGAACAGUGCCAGAAAACACAGGAAGAUUACAGAAGUAUCCUUACAAUAACAGCAGUCCAUGGUCUAUGCCACCUUCUAGGGCACAAACACAAUAACCCGGAAAAGUGGAAACAGCAGAUGUUUGAAAAGGAAACUGAAAUCCUAAAUGAGAUAAACAGAGUUACUGGAUCUAAACUGAAACCACUUUCAACCAACCAUUAUUAAAGUUCAAAUGUAUUGAAGAACUCUUCUGUUUUUAGUGCUUGGUAGAGGAUAUAGACAUGAACUACCAGUCUGGUGUUCAGGGACUGACUGUCCAUUGUCCGCACAUGAGCUGCACUGGAGAAGAAUACACACAGUAUUUGAAUAUGCCAUGUUGCAAGAAUUGUUUUCUGUAAAUGUCUGUUAAUUUUAUAAAAUAUUAAAAUAGAAGAAAUGCAGGAGUUUCCGGAGUUACAUACUGUAUGUACUACCUGUAUUUGGAUAGUGUGCACAAGGCCUCAAAGAGGUGUUUCAAUGAAAAUCCCAAAAUAAUUUUAUCAAGAUGCCAAAUGUAUUUAUUAUAUUUUAUUAUCUAAUAAUAAGACAAAAACAAAUGUAAUGAACUAAAGGGGCUAUACCCAUGGGUUGCAGGGAUCAAUGCUGCAGCCUGCCACGGGGACCUGAUGGGGUCCCAUCAGCUCAAGCAAUAAGACUUUAUGCCUAAAAGAAAAAAAAUGCAGAAGCUGAUAGGUAUUUGGGUAACUAGUGUCUGAGGGUAAUAAUGUGGGGUUCCUUAACAAAAUUAUUUACCGGCCCAUAGCACCUAGUUACAGUAUACCACAGUUCAUGGCAAUUUUGUACUUAUUUGUAGGUAAUAUAAACAAAAAUGUAUUUAGUGCAACAUUUAAAUGAACAGUUCAUAAUAUAUAGCAAAAUGGAUAGUAUUAAAAAGUACAAAGUUAGUUGUAUGAUCGGAAAAUCAUAUUGUAUCGCAUUUUAAUGAUCUGUAGUGUUAAUCGUAGUUGUGUCUUGUUGUGUCUAUGCAAACUACAUUUUCUCUGUAGAAAAAGAAUUUGUUGUGUGUGCUGGUACAACAGUACUUAUAGCAGGGACCUUAACCUAUGGUUCGGGCCACAAAAAUGGACCCCUAGGCUGUCACGGGUGAUCCUUCAUAAUUCCUCUAAAUAAUGUAAAAUUUCUUUCUAAAAUAGAAAAUAUGAAUUAAAACUAGGUGGAUAACUGGUUCUAAAGCAAUGAAUCAUAAAUCCGAUUAAGUCACUUGAGUUAUAGGAAACAUUUAGAGCUAUAAGAUACGUCUGGCUGGAAAAUUAGCAGCCUGCUAGCAAGCUCACACGGAAUGCCCAUUCGUUUUACAAAACCCCAAUUUCCCAAAAAAGGUUUUGUUCCCUAGGACUCUUCAUGGCCCAGUGUACAUGAUAUUUCUUCAUAUCCAGUAAUGGAUCUGCAGCAUUUUGGCUUUGGGAAGCACUUUUUUCUGUAAGAAAAUCAUAACACAAUAGGAUAGCUGUGUUACAUAUAGAAUGUGGAUUAUAUGUGCUGCAGACAGUCCACUACAUUUGCAAGGAAAUUUGUUAGAAGUCAACAAAUCUUCUUCCUUAUUUCGAUAUGUAAAGGCUAUCUUGUGUAUGAGAUGCAACGUUUGAUUACAUGAAUUGUAUCAUCUCAGUUAUGAACAAUUAUGUUGCAAUGUUUUUCUAGCUAAGGGUCUACAGAAAUAAAAUAAAUACUAAUAAAAAAAAA